AUGUCGGCGGAUCCCGGCAUUACCUGCGCUGACCCCGGUUCUCCCUUCAGCUACGAGUAUAUUGCCCUCGUUGGAUCCUUCUUUUUCGUAGGCCUCGAAGCUGUCAUCCGGGUGCUUACGCUGGCCCUGCCCUCCUUCGUCGUUUCGUUCUUCUACCUCGUUUCGCGACGACUGUUUCACAGAUUCACGACCGAGGAGCACAGGAAAGCAGAGAGGAAGAAAAAGACAAUUUCCACAUCUGUCCGCGACGCGUCCGAUUUUGUCGAGCUGUGCCGCAUUUGGGGGUACGAGGCCGAAGAACAUAUAGUGCAGACGAAAGAUGGCUACCUGUUGGGAAUUCACAGGUUGCAAUGGCGUCGGGGAGAGGAGGGACAAAAGGUCAAUUGCGGACCUGGGAGCACCAAGAAGCGCGUCGUCUAUCUGCACCACGGACUUCUCAUGAACUCGGAAGUUUGGGUGUGUCUGACGGACGAGCGAAGAUGUCUACCUUUUGAGCUGGUCGAGCGUGGUUUCGAUGUUUGGCUUGGGAACAACCGUGGAAACAAGUACUCGAAAAAGUCCAUCCAUGCGUCGCCGACGACGGUAGAGUUCUGGGACUUUUCCAUGGACGAGUUUGCAUUUCACGACAUCCCCGAUACCAUAUCUUAUAUUCUGGAGACGACGGAGCAGGAGAGCCUCUCGUACAUUGGUUUCUCGCAGGGCACCGCUCAGGCCUUCGCCACGCUGGCCAUUCACCCCUUGCUAAACCACAAAGUCAACGUCUUCAUUGCCUUGGCACCAGCCAUGGCGCCAGCCGGACUGUCCAAUGGUAUAGUGGAUUCUCUGGUCAAAGCCUCGCCCUCGGUGCUCUACCUCAUGUUUGGUAGGCGGUCCAUUUUGAGUUCUGCCAUCAUGUGGGAGACCUUGCUGUACCCCCCGAUAUUCUGCCAUGUUAUCGACAGAGGGCUGGGGUUUCUGUUCAACUGGAAGACCAAGAACAUCUCGGCCAGCCAGAAACUAGCAGCAUACCCGCACCUGUACUCCUUCACCAGCACCAAGAGCGUGGUGCACUGGUUUCAGGUGAUCCGCAACAAGUGUUUCCAGAUGUACGACGACGAUGUGCAUCAGCCGAUGAACGUUGCCACGUCGAGAAAGUACUCCAAGGUGGCCAAGUAUCCGACUCGAAAUAUCCGCACGCCUGUCGUGCUGGUCUACGGCGGCAGCGAUUCCCUCGUGGACAUCAAGACGAUGCUGCGAGAACUCCCUCCUCAGACAGUAGCGACCGAGAUCCCACACUACGAGCAUCUAGACUUCCUUUGGGCCAGAGACGUCGGUUCUCAAGUCUUCCAGCACGUAUUCGACGCUUUGGACAGCUUCACGGAUGCGAAACACACUGCAGAGGAAUAUCAUCGGUACCACAUGGUGAGAAGCGAAAGCCUGAUGGGGUCGGCCUUAUCUUUCCUGCAUCGUGGGAGCGAGAGCGAAGCAUCGACAACGGCGGCUGGGAGUGAGGGGCUGAAUGGACAAUCGCCUCGGCACAUCGCCCGGGAAGCGUCAGCGUUGGGUGAGAACGCGUCAAAGAACCGCAUUGUUGGACUUGCGGGUGUUGGUGGCGAUAGCACUGACAAGCUCAAGGGUGUAGGUGUCCGAAGAGGAGAGACCAGGAGCGCCAGUCCGUGGCAAGACGUCGGACCGCUGGACAAGACGGACUGA